AUGUCCGAUACAGAGCGGACCCCGCUUGUCGCUGACCGCUCAGAUGAAGUCGUCUACAGUCGAUUUUCUCCUGCAAGGAAAGGAGUAAUUGUCGCGUUAGUCAGCUGCGCGUCUCUGCUACCUAUGUUUGCCAGUGGCUCAUUCAUCCCCUCAAUACAACAAAUUGCCGUUGAUCUGGACACUACGGGCCAAGUGGUUGGCUACGCUGUUGGCCUAUCCAUGUGCGGAGCAGCGUUGAGCAGUUUCUUUUUCGCAACGUAUUCGUCAUUUUAUGGCCGUCGCCCGAUGUUCCUCGCGGGUUUACCACUUCUCUGCAUCGGCUCUAUAGGGGUCGCGACUGCCAACAGCGUUCCGCAAUUGAUGGCUUUCCGAUUUUUACAAGCACUCGGAACGUCUGGCGGCGGAGCAGUGGGGGCUGGUGUCAUUAGCGACAUCUACAAAUCGACAGAGCGCGGGACUGCAUUAGGAAUAUUCGCCUCCGCCGCGUUGAUGGGCAACGUUCUGGCGCCAAUGAUUGGCGGUUGGGGAGCGAAGUAUGCAUCCUGGAGGAUGGUGCAGCUCGGACUCUUCUUCGUCGGCGUAGUCAUCUUUUUUUGCGUGUUCUUCUUGAUGCCAGAGACAUCACAUCCAGGAACUCGGGGUGUAGACAAGUCGGUCGUCUGUCGGAGAAGGAUCCCCGUUAACGUUGUGUGGCUCAACCCGUUUGCUUGCCUUCAGCUGCUGCGAAGCCCCAAUGUGCUGGCAGUGACGAUAUCAGGAGGUCUUGCUCUGUUGGCGGAUUAUGCAAUCAUCGUACCGAUCGCUUACACUCUCGGAGCGCGGUACGACAUCACCAACGAAGCCGUCAUCGGCGCUUUGUUCAUUCCCAAGGGACUGGGAAAUAUGAUUGGGGCACCUCUUGCUGGGCGGUUGUCGGACCGUAUUCUCGUGCAUCGGCGGGCAAAUGGGAGGCGCGUUCCAGAAGACCGACUUCUAGCCUGCAUGCCGGGUGGUCUAUUUCUUGUGCCGUUGUCGAUGCUGUUCUGCGGGCUCACUAUCCAGUUCAUCGGCGGCAUGACAGGGCUGGUACUUGCGCUGGUGUUCUUUUUCACAAACGGACUCGGCGUUGUCGCCAUGCAAGGUCCCGCAAACGCUUAUCUAGUCGACAUCUUGAGGAAUCGAAGUGCGGAGGUCACUGCGGCAACUAUCGGCGCUCGAGCCCUGCUGCUUUCGCUUCCAGUAUCAGGUCUCGUGCCUGCGGUCAUUCACUUUGGGGUGUUGCCAACAUAUGCGGGAGUCGCGAUGCUGUCGUGGGCUGGCUAUGGGUUGAUAUCGCUCACGCUCAGGCACGGAGAGCAGAUGCGCGCCUCGGCAGAUGUUGGAUUUGAGGUUGAUUACGAUUAA